GUAAACACUGCUCCUUUAUGUUCGUUUUGCUUCAGUCAUCCAUCAAUCAAGCGGAGAAGCAGCAGCCCAGAAUGUCGACGACGGACCCAACAGAAUCUUUCGAAACUUAUACCCUAGCCCAAACCCUAACGGGGCACAAACGUGCCAUCUCGUCCGUCAAGUUCUCGCCGGACGGCCGGCUCUUGGCAUCGUCCUCUGCUGACAAAACCCUCCGCACAUACUCUUCAGAUUCCGGUAAUGCCCCUUCCUUCUCCUUUCUCCAUGAGUUCUCUGGUCACGAGCAGGGCGUCUCAGACGUAGCCUUUUCUGCCGAUUCCCGCUACCUCGCGUCGGGCUCCGACGACAAGACCGUCCGACUGUGGGACGGCUCUACCGGCUCCCUGCUCAAAACCCUACAAGGCCACACCAACCACGUUUUCUGCGUCAAUUUCAAUCCCCAGUCAAAUGUGAUAGUGUCCGGCUCCUUCGACGAGACCGUCCGCCUUUGGGACGUCAAGACCGGCAAGUGCUUGAAGGUACUUCCCGCGCACUCUGACCCCGUCACUGCAGUCGACUUCAGCUCGGACGGCUCCCUUAUCGUUUCCAGUAGUUACGAUGGGUUGUGUAGGAUUUGGGAUGCCAGUACGGGCCAUUGUAUUAGGACAUUGAUUGAUGACGAGAACCCGCCCGUCUCUUUCGUGAAGUUCUCUCCUAACAGCAAGUUCAUUCUCGUCGGGACUCUCGAUAACAAUUUGAGGCUCUGGAGCUUAUCAGCUGGAAAGUUUCUCAAGACAUAUACGGGCCAUGUUAAUGCAAAGUUUUGCAUUUCAUCCAGUUUUUCUGUGACGAACGGGAAGUAUAUCGUCAGUGGAUCCGAGGAUAAUUGUAUCUACUUGUGGGAACUGCAAACCCGAAGAAUAGUUCAGAAAUUGGAAGGCCACAGUGAAACUGUUAUAGCUGUAUCAUGUCAUCCCACGGAGAACGUGAUUGCUUCUGGUGCUCUAGGCAAUGACAAGACAGUGAAGAUCUGGUCUCAGCAAAGAAAAAAUGAUUGAUUUAUCCAUAACUAAUGGAACUUUUUUCAGCAUAGGUAUUCAAAAGACUUCUCCCAUUUGAGAUCAAUAUGAACUCAAUGUCCAUAAUUGUUAUUUAUGUUAUCUUUCAGAAGUGAUUCAUUCUC